CAAGGGAUGCUCAUCGACGGUGAAAAGUGGGCCUGUGAAGCUUGCGUUCGCGGUCACCGAGUGACCACCUGCAAGCACCAUGGUAAUAUAUACAUGCCUUGUGUGACUGAUCGACCAUUAAUCCACAUCAACCGAAAGGGCCGUCCCUUUGCAACCUGCUCGGUCUGCAACUGCACGCCGUGCGAGGCGCCCGAGGAUCACGCCAAGCUCAAACGUGAGGCCGACGCCAGAUGUCAAGCAUCAAAAGUAGAGCCAUCCCCGAUGUUCAGCACCAGCAUUGCAAGCCCCCCCGCCCCAAACAUAUACUACAAAGACAACCAAAAAAGCCCACUCACCAUCUGAAUCUGAAUUUUCCCACACACUCCUUCCUCAUUGCUCCAGAGAACAGUCUAAGGCUGAUGUGGAAUUCCCUUUGGCGUCUUGCUCUUUGUUCUAGAGAGCCGCCGGCAGAUCUCCUCGUUCCACCUCGGUGGGCUCCCUGAAGCCGAUUGCGCCGCGUCCUGCGCCGUCAUCCACGGGCGGUGGUAGCAGUGGUGGUGCAGGCGCAGGAUUUCGGCGCGACUCCCACUCUCCCCC